CGUUAUGUAGGGUUCGACAGAUCGAAUCCAACGGUGAAAUCGGAUUUGGAUUUGGAGUCUGUGGGCCUGGAAAGUGCGUUUGGGCCAGAUUUAGAAUGAGUAACACAUCAACGCACGCUCAUGACAACACCCAGCAAGUGGGUGACGACCACAACGAUGCCGAGACCGAGGCAUCUAGCUUUGUGCCUCAACAGAAUGCUGGGCAGCCCAAUGUGCCACUGAACGCAGGAGAUAAUCAGAAUUUCGGGAAUCCACCCGAGACUGUCAUGCCCGCUUUCAUGACACAAUUUCUACAGCAGAUGGCCAAUGCGCCGAUGUUCCAGCAGCCCCAGCCGCCGCGGCGACACAUCACCUUCAAAACUCUGAAGGACAACGGAGCAGAGGAGUUCCUUGGGGAUAGAGUGGUCGAAUCCCAAGUGGCUCUUGAUUGGAUUGAGCAGGUGGCUAGGGUGCUCAAUGACCUGGAUGUACCGGUUGUGGAUCAUCCAAAGUUGGCAUCUCAGCUACUCCGCAAGGGAGCAUACGAGUGGUGGAAGCAACAGAAGUGGUCAGAGUUCAUGGAGCUGGAACAGGGGGACAUGACCCUCGCCGAGCUACGACAGAAGUUUGACCAUUUGGCUCAGUUUGCACCCACGUUGGUGUCUACACCUGCUGACAGAAUUGAAGAGUUCAUGAAGAGGUUGCGCCCUAAUGUGCGUCCUUAUGUUUCUACUGUGGUCACCACCGACUUUUCAGUGGCUUAUGACCUGAUGGCUAAGGCAGAGAAAGCGGUGGAUGAUCUGAAGGCAAGCUUGGGUGCUGGAGGGUACCCAGAACCACUACCAGCGCGGCACCAGCGCGGCACCGAGCGGAAAGAGAUCCUUGGGCGGUACUAAGGGUACUUAGAACUUCAAGAAGACCAAGUCCGCGCCGGCUCAGUCACAGGCGGCGAGCAACCGAAGCAAACCUUCCAAGCAUCCGGUGUGUAACCUCUGUGGAAGGAACCACCCUGGCGAAUGCUGGUUCGCGCAGGGCUUAUGUUUGG